AUGGCAGGAUACGAUCAACUAUCGAACCUCGAGUCCGGCGACGGCGAUGGCGCUGGUCGUAGCGGAGGAGGUGGUGGUGGCGGUUACUCGGAUGACCCAGCAUUCCGCGACCUACAGUACGAUCUCAAGGGCAAGCUACAGUCACUGCUCAGCAACAACCGCAAGCUGGCCAGCGAUGUCAAUGUUCUGGGGACGAAGAAGGACACUCCUCGUCUGCGGGAGCGCGUGCAUAAUACCAUGGUCAAGAACCGUAGUGUCUGUCAAGAGAUUGGCGAAGGAGUCAAGAAGCUGCAGACAUGGGAGGAGCUUUCGCGAUACGAGCAGACCAAGGUGUCAAGCGACUUCCAGGCCGCCCUGCAAGAGUUCCAGGCCCUCCAGCGCCGCGCCCUCGAUAAGGAGAAGGCCUCGAUCAAUGCCGCCCGCGCCUCGACCGGAGCUGACCUAGGCGAGGAGCUCACGCCCACCGGCGGUGGUAGUAGCGGCCAGCAGGAGCAGCUCCUCCAGAGGCAGGAGAUGGCCCCGUCUGCCAUGGCGGCCCAGGAUGAAGUCGACUUCCAGGAGUCCCUCAUCAUCGAACGCGAGGAGGAAAUCCGCAACAUCGAGCAGGGCGUGGGUGACCUCAACGUGCUCUUCCGCCAGGUGGCGCAGAUCGUCAACGAGCAGGGCGAGCAGCUCACCAGCAUCGAGGACAACGUCUACAAUGUGCGCGACGACACGAGGCAGGCCGACGUGGAGAACAGGCAGGCUGCGCGUUACCAAAAGGCCGCGCGGAACAAGGGGUGCUGUCUGCUGCUUAUCAUGGCUGUCAUUCUAACCAUUGUCAUCUUGGCCAUUGUCGUGGGCUGA